AUGUUUCAACAAUUUUUGGUGACUUUAAGCUUUUUUGUAUCUAAAAGCUUAGCUGACAUCCAACAAAACAGCUCAGACCCUCGAAUUGUCGGAGGUAAUCAAGUCGAUAUCGAAUGUUUUCCCUAUCAAGUCUCGUUCCAAGACAAUCAAAAUCGACAUUUUUGUGGAGGAUCCAUAAUCUCUCCCACAUACAUCUUAUCCGCUGCUCAUUGCUUUCAGAAUGCUCUAGCAGGUGCCUUAAAAGUUCGCGUUGGAUCUUCGAGCGUUGGCGGUAAUGAGGGAAAAAUCUAUCAAGUGUCAAAAAUUACAAACCAUCCCAAAUACAACUUUGAGACUUAUGAUUUUGAUUUCUCAAUUGUACAACUUAGCUCACCGAUAUCGUACAGUAAUAAAGUCCAACCAGUGUCGCUACCCGAAAAUGAAGAACCAGAAGUUGAAGGCACAGAAUGUAUCGUUAGUGGAUGGGGACUUACGAAUAAUCCAAAUGAAUCAAAUAAGCAUUUGAGAGCUGUAAUGGUCCCAAUUGUAAAUCGUAAAACAUGCAAUGAUAAGUUUAAAGAUCUGGAAGAUGGAUCUUAUGAAGUAACGGAAAACAUGUUAUGCGCUGGUUAUUUAGAAGGCGGAAGGGAUGCGUGUCAAGGAGACAGCGGAGGACCGUUGAUCACUAAAACAGAUAAUGGACCGAAAUUGAUCGGAAUUGUUAGUUGGGGAUAUCAGUGUGCAGCUCCUGAUUACCCAGGGGUUUAUUCAAAAGUUUCUAUGGUUAGAAGUUGGAUCAAGGGAAAUGCAGGAGUUUAG